GAAUCCCAUCCACCUAGCUACCUUACCCGCCUGCAUUUGCAGGCCAUACUUUAUUCACCACUGGGUUGCCUCUCGUGGGCGGUUUUCGAUAUGUCUGCAACUGCCCAGAUGCCUACCUUUCCGGACCCCGAACGUCGCAGGGCGGCAGACGGCCUCCGACAAUCUCUCACUCAUGGCGUCGGCGCGCAGCUCAUAGCCAAAUUCGACAUAUCCAACUUUGGCCUGAAUGCGAUGCUUCGCGGCGCUCAACUCACCUUGGUCGGAGCCCAUCGAGCUUUGCAGAAUCCGGCGCUCUUCACCAGCGACCACUACCGCCAGGCUGCCCUUGCAGUCGUGGCGGGCAUUGCCAUCAGGCUCGCCGUGGCCAUUCCUAUUUGGGGCAUCAGGGUCUUACUCUGGCUCAUGGCACUAGUUCUCCCCAUGGAUCAGGUGUCAUGGGAUGACUCGCUCGUCGAUGGACUCGAUUUUGUCGGCGAAUACGUUCUCCAGCUACCCUUCUUUCUCAUGGCUCUCAUGCGGUACCUAGCGCCGACUCUCGAUAAUUUAUUCAUGCAGUCCCUUCAGUGGGUCGAUGUCACGUAUGUUAGAAAGCACAAGGGUGAUCGCCCCGAUCAACUACGGGACAUGUAUUACCCAACUUUGCGACAAUAUCGCAUCGUGGAUGGGAGCACGCACUCGGAAAGUACAGCGCAAGCGCUGUCUAUGUUCCUCUACAGGUUCGCGAGGAGAGGCUGUAUAUCAGUUGCUAUAUUCGCACUGUCAUACCUGCCGCUGGUCGGAAACUUCGUGCUACCCACUGCCAGUUUCUAUACGUUCAACAAGGCCGUUGGUCUGGGUCCUGCGAGUGUUGUCUUUGGACUGGGAGUACUGCUACCCAAGAGGUAUCUCAUCAUCUUCCUCCAGACCUACUUUGCAUCCCGAAGCCUCAUGCGGGAACUCUUGGAGCCUUAUUUCGCUCGCGUUCGCUUUUCCCACGCUGAAAAACGGAACUGGUUCAGAAGCCGUGAGGGCGUCCUGUUUGGUUUCGGCCUAGGUUUUUACAUCCUUAUCAGGGUUCCUCUUGUCGGGGUUCUCAUCUACGGCAUAGCGGAGGCCUCCACCGCAUAUCUUAUCACAAAGAUUACUGAUCCCCCUCCCCCUCCCACGAGGAUGAGGGAGUUUGCGUCCGGUCAGCAGGAAUGGGGGAACAAGCACGAGUUCCUGAGCCUCUCACUGGCAGAUCUGAAUGCUUUAGAUUCCCAGCGACUCGAGACUGGAGAGGCGACGUAGCCUUGCUCCGCUACACUCACGGCCUGUGCUCGCGCGUCACAACUAUGGACACCAUGGCGAUCUUCGGAUACGUUCGCUUUACGUCCUCGAUGCUAGUUGUUUUCGCCGAGCCGUGGUGUUACCCGGUUAUGCUGAACACAUAAAGCGAUAGACUGAUGAGCCAUGACACCAAGCCAAAACCCGGUGUCGGUCCGUCACAUUUCAAAUAAGCAUGCCAAAGCCUUGCGAGGCUAGAUCCGGGCGAACCCACGACUUGAAGUCGUCAAACACGGCUGGGGCCGGACUGGGUGUUGGAUAGCCCGGGUGUCAUGUGCCAUGCUCAUGUACAUGAUGACGCUCGUUUUUUCUCCGCCCAAUUAUUUAGACAUAGCACGUGCCUGGCCAGCUGCUCGGGGAUGCUACCGGCUAUACUGACGAUGCCGGUCGGCUUAUGUUGGGUGUCAGCACCAUUGUCAUCAUCACGGCGUGUUUGGGAGUGCUAUAAAGCUAGCUGCCUGCCAUGUCUAAUCCUUUG